UUUUAUAUCAUUGUUGAUGUUGUUCUAUUAUUUACUUUUAUUUUUCGUUCCGUUCCAGGCCUGGAAUCUGCAGAUUCGGCAGGCCACGGAGGCCGACGCCGGGCUCUACGAGUGCCAGAUAACAUCGCACCCGCCCGUCAGCGUGUUCCUCACCCUCAAGGUCAUUGAGGCGCGCGCCGAGGUGGUGGGCGCGCCGGACCUGCACAUCAAGGCGGGCUCGUCGCUGCGACUGGUGUGCCGGCUGCAGGGCUCCACCGAGACGCCCGCCUUCCUGUUCUGGUACCGCGGCACCAGCAUGGUCAACUACGACGCGCACGACGGCUUCUCGGUGGUGACGGGCGAGGGCGUGGAGGAGGUGGCGGGCGUGGGCGCGGGCCAGGGCGCCUACUCGGUGCUGCGGCUCGACCGCGCCGCGCAGCGCCACGCCGGCAACUACACGUGCGUGCCCGCCAACGCCAGGCCCGCCAGCAUCCAGGUGCACGUCAUCAACGACGAAGCCCCCGCAGCCAUGCAGCGGGGCAGCGGGGGCCGCAUCGUGCCCCAGGGGCCGCUCGUCCCGCUGUGGGCCGCGCUCCUGGCCGCGCCGCUGCUGCUGCUGUAGGCUGCUCCAUGCUGCGCCAUGCCGCCGUGGCCCCGUCUGGGGACUGCGGCCCGGCCCUACAGUGCCGUGCCCUGCCUUACAGUGCCCUGCCCAGGUGCACCCAGGUGGCUUCGACGCCCUGGGACGCAGGAGCGGCAGGGCGACGCGGAGACGCAGCAGUGCGGUGGACUCAAAGACUCCUGGAGGGUCGGUCCUCUGGGACAGCGGCGCGGCGUAUGCAUCGGUGGUGGAGAGGAGCCCUCCCCUUCCUUUUCCCCCUUGCGACCGCAAGCUGGCUGCGCUGCUGCCUUGGGUUGGCUUGGCUGGGUUGGCCGGGUCGACGGCCGGGGGCUUCUCGACGUCCUCGACUCCCGGACGUCGUCCUGGGUUUCACCGGAAGCACAGUCCGGGGCACGACAAUGCAGCCCGCCCCCUGGCGCCCCCAGCGGCCCCAGACUGGCUCCCGUCUAAAAUGGAGAAUAGAGAAAUAAAAAAAAGUGUCUUUCGUGAUAUUUGAAGCUCGUGCAUUUCAUUGGGCCGCCUGGCUUCCCUUCGAUACGAGAUUCGGGCGCUUCCAGCGGGGCAACAAUGGGCGAAGCGCCUGGAAACUGGAGUACCGUGUCGCCGUGUUCAUCGCAGUUCAUCGCGCCAGGGAGCGGCGCCGAGACCGUGCCUGGCGAAGCAGUGGCGUUGCAACGGGGUUAGCCCCUCACCCCCAACCAUCGCCCGGUGUGAGGCCAUUCGCAUUUCUUUCCGCCAGUAAGUAGGCAAAAAAGUUGACGCCCCCUCGACUACGCCACUGGCUGCUGGCACUCGCGCAUCCCCGGCAUCUCACCAGUCUGCCUCCUCUCCAUCCCUUCCCGCAGCGCACGUUUCCAGUGGUCUCUCUGAUCCAGAAGUGCAUGUCGUCUGGUAUUCAAAGUCCCCCCCUUUUUUUUCUCCCAACGUAGCUCGGACAGUAAAGUCGCUAUGCACGAACGCUUCCGAGCAGGCCUCGAAGCAGCGCGUCCGCGUCGUCGUUUUGCAAGGGACUACACUGUGAGGAAACUCCAUUGCAAAGAGGAAGCCAACAGGCCUUUAAUUGCCUUUGAUUAAUUCCACCAAAAGUGUAAAAAAAAAAACAAAAAAAAACACCCAUUUUGGAGAAAAUUUUAGGUCUAAAAACAUAAAUAUGUGAGAUAAGUUUAAAGAAAAUAAAAGGUGCAAUGAAUGUGAGAAAAAAAUUAUAUUAUUGUGUUAUUGAUGUGUGUGAUUCCUCUUAAAGAUUGAUACAAAAGGAAAGUUGUCUGUAAAUUUGUGUAAAUGUGUUAGGACUGAACAGUAUUAUUUAUCAUUUCUGUGAUUGUGUACAUAUUAAUGAGUAGGAUCUGACAGGUGUGUUCUGUGUGUGAGAAUGAAGAAAUAAAUAUUCUAGUUCA